AUGGCUUCUUCACAAUCUCUAACUCUCAUCUCCAAAUGCACCAUCUUCCCAGACCAAAAAUCGAUACUCUCUGACCUCAAACUCUCAGUCUCCGAUCUUCCGAUGCUCUCCUAUCACUACAUUCAAAAGGGUGGUCUCUUCACUCACCCUCCUGUUCCAAUUGACUCUCUCAUCUCUCUCCUCCAAUGUGGUCUCUCCCAGACUCUCUCUCUCUUCCCACCAAUCGCCGGACGUCUCAAAACUGACUCUUCCGGUUAUGUUUAUAUCACAAGUAACGACGCCGGAGUUGACUUCAUUCACGCUAGUGCAAUUCACAUUCAUGUUCGCGACAUUUUGUCCCCAACUGAUGUCCCUAAUUGUGUCAAAGAGUUCUUCGCUUUUGAUAGGACACCGAGUUACGACGGCCAUUUCAAGCCUAUAUUGGUUGUGCAAGUGAUUGAGCUCGCCGACGGUGUUUUCAUUGGUUGUGCACUCAAUCACGCCGUUACUGAUGGCACGUCAUUUUGGAACUUUUUCAAUAUUUUGUGGAGGUUUGUGGAACUGGUGCGAGGAAUAUUUCGAGGGUACCAGACUUCUGGCAUGAAUCGAAUGGCGGUGAAUUGUCGUCAUUGGUUUGAACCAAAGCUCGAUUCGUACUAUUUUGGAAACGCAAUUCAGAGCAUUCCAGCGUAUGCGUCCGCCGCGACGUUCUGUCAUGUGAUCUCUGAUGGUGCAUCGAGCAACUGA